AUGGAUUCUUCCUCUGUAAGAAAGUCAAACAUACGAAAGGGGAAGGUUGAGAUCAAGAAAGUGGAAGAAAAAAGCAAGCGCUACGUGACCUUCUCGAAAUGCAAACAAGGGCUUUUCAACAAAGUCACUGAGCUAUCCCUUCUUUGCCAAGCUGAAACCGCUUUGGUCAUCAAUUCUCAAAAAGGAAAACUCUAUGCAUGCGGCUACCCCGAUUCAGACUUUGUCAUCCACUACUACCACGGCGGCGGAGGAGGGUAUCACAACUGUGCUGCUAAAAAAGCUUCCAAGAAGGAUCUCUCCAUUGAGGAUAUUAGUUUUGAACAAGUUGAGAAAUCCAAGAAUUGCAUAGAAGAUUUGAAGAUGAAACUUGUUUCUGUAAGGGAAAAGAAGAAGGUUGAUAAUUCACUUCCACCAUUGCCAGUUGCCCUUCCACCUUUACCAGUUGCAUCAUCACCGAUGCAAAGGUUAUCAAAUGUGUCUUUCUUGAAUGAAGGUUUCAAUGGGUAUGGUGUAUGA